UUUUUCAGAGUUUGGUGGUGGGGGAGGACGAGGAGUGAGUUAUCGGAGUGGGAUAAUUGCUGAAUUUUCGCCUUGUAGCUGUUUUUGAAUGAAAUAUCUUCCAGAUCAGCAAUCUUUACAGCUUCUUUAGAGGUGGUGCCGCUGUGACGCCUGCCGAUUCCCGGAGAUCCCCCUCACCACGGCGCCAUGCUGUUCGGCCGCGAGCGGCUGCUGUCGCCGACACAGCUGCAGAAUCUCGACCAGCACAAGUACAGCUGCCAGAGCGACAGUGUGCUCGACCCGUACAUGCAGCCGUGGUGGAACUGGCUGGUGGGCCGGUGUCCGCUGUGGCUGGCGCCCAACCUCAUCACGCUGGCCGGCCUGGCCGUCAACAUCGCCACCACGCUCAUCCUUGUCUACUAUAACCCGGACGCCAAGGGAUCGACCCCGCAGUGGGCCUGUCUGCUGGCCGGACUGGGUCUGUUCAUCUACCAGAGUCUGGACGCCAUCGAUGGCAAACAGGCGCGCCGCACGGGCUCCUCGUCCCCGCUCGGCGAGCUGUUUGACCACGGCUGCGACUCCGUGUCCGUAGUGUUUGUGGUGGUGGGCGUUGCCACCAUGACCAGUAUGGGAGAGUCGCCGAUGAUGAUGUUCGUCGUCUGCUUUACCGCCAUCGCGCUAUUCUACAUCGCCCACUGGCAGACUUUCGUCUCAGGUACGCUGAAGUUUGGCAAAAUUGACGUGACGGAGGAGCAGUUUUGCGUCAUCUCCCUGUACGUGAUCGGCGCUAUCUUCGGCUCCGACAUCUGGAAUAUGGAGAUCCGACUGUACGGGGGUCUGACGGUGCCGCUCAAGAUGGUCCCCUUCUCGGCGACGGUGGGCGCCGCCGCGCUGCACGUGCACCAGUACUUCGGGCGCAUCAUGCGCGGCGGUAUCGGCAAAAACGGCUCCACGGUGGCCGGCACGUCGGUGCUGUCUCCCAGCAUCCCGUUGGCGUUGGUCGUCGUGCCGGCGUUCGUCAUCUAUAGGAAGUCGCUGCAACACGUCUACGAGACGCACCCGGUGCUGUACGUCAUAGCGUUCGCCACCGUGGCCUCCAAGGUCACCUGUAAACUCGUGUUGGCACACAUGACGCGGUCGGAGCUCGAGUACUCGGACUCGUCCAUGAUCGGGCCGGCGAUGCUGUUCCUGAACCAGUACUUCAACACCUACUUCCAGGAGUACUACGUGCUCUGGGUCUGCUUGAUCUGGGGUCUGGUGGACUUCCUCGACUACUGGCGCAAGAUCUGCACAGAGAUCUGCGACCACAUGGGCAUCUACUGCUUCCGCAUCAAGCAGCAGUCUGCGGCGGCGGCGGCGGCGCCAGCGGCCGGCCCAGGUCGCUGGGACUCGGCCGCCAAGGUGCCUCUGCUGCGGUCCAGCCGCUCGCCCAGCCGCGACUCCACAGAGUCCCUCCGUGAGGUCGCCUGCGACGCCCCGCCCCGCAAGGACACGUGACCUGACCCGUGGGGACCGCACCGGAGCACGUGACGGGUCGCCCUGGCUGUGCGAGAGAACGUCUAUCCUCUCGGUGAGUUUGGAGAAAUCGAUCUGGAGCAAGAUCGCUGAUCGCAAGA